AUGAGUGUCAAUAUUGACGCUCUCUACGUUUUCGAUGACCACAAUAUCUGUGUGCUCGAGCACACAUAUGCCGGACGACCACCCACACCCCAGGCUCUUAUAGCCAGCUUCACGACUCGACCCUCCCCUCGACCUUCAAUCCUCCAGCUUUCCGACCUCGCACCACCAGUCACAGCAUACUCUAUAUACCACUCUAGCCUGCUGCUGAUAGCAGUCUCUAGUAAAGAUGGACAAUCACUGGCAAUCCUCGACUUUCUUCAUCGACUGGUGGAUGUCUUUGAAGACUUUCUUGGGAGUCCCUUGUUGGCGACCAAAAUCGAAGGCAACUACGAGAUUGUGGCACAAUUACUUAGUGAAAUGUGUGAUGGUGGUAUAGUGUGCAAUACGGAACCGAAUGCGCUGCGCGAGAAUGUCGAAGUCUCUUCCGUGCUGGGGAAGCUAUUCACACAGGUCGGACUACCAGGGUCAUCACCAUCUUUCGGAUCACCGAGCAGCUUCUCCGCAAGUUCGCGUCCGGCUGCACCACAAUCAAGCGGGCCAGCCAUACCCUGGCGCAAAUCCAAUGUUCGACAUACAUCAAAUGAGCUCUACGUCGACAUCGUCGAGACAUUGGCUGUGAUAUUCGCCCCGUCAGGUCGACCUAUCUCGGCCCGCUCUCAUGGCUCGAUAGCGUUCACGGCCAAGAUUUCCGGAGUGCCAGACCUGCUAUUGACGCUUUCGGCUCCAGGAGGGACAAGUAGCGCAAAGGCUUCUGGCAUCUCUCGCACCAUGCAGAUUCCAGUUUUUCACCCCUGCGUCCGACUUUCUAGGUGGAAGGAGCAUCCAGGAGAAUUGUCGUUUGUUCCUCCCGAUGGGCGUUUCAUGCUGGCAGGAUACGAAACCGACUUGAUGCCUUCAGACCUCAACACCGAUACACCGCCUAGCAAGACAGAUCGCAUUUUCUUACCAGCCACGGUUGAUCUGCGACCCGCAACGGGAGCCAGUGGAUCCGAAUUUGAGGCUCGACUCACUCUCAACACCAAUUUCCCUGGAGUUGGGCUCGGUGCAAAGCCGAGCAACUCCCGGACCAAUUCGAGUGCUCUUGGAGGAUUGUCUUUUGGAGGUAGCACCAACGGAAGUUCCAAUGCACCAUCGCUGGAAGCGGUCACGGUUACGAUCCCGUUUCCUCGUGAUGUGCGCAACGUCACAGAGCUGAAAGCCUCCCGGGGCGAAGCCACUUUCGACGCGUUCGAGAAGGUGGUUGAAUGGAAAGUGCCGACCAAGGAUGGCGCGUCGGUCAGCGGAGUCACCACAUUAACUGGAUAUGUGAUUGGACCGUUGAACUCGGAGAAUGAUGUCGGUGAUGAUGACGAAGCUCAGGUGAUUGAUGCGGGCAAGUCGGGGUCCACGGCUGGUUAUUAUAAUGCUGAUGACGAUGAGGGAGCUGUGCUCAAGCGGUCGUCAGAGCGGUAUAACAAUAACAACGCCAAGGAUAACAAUGGUGGCGGUGGUGCAGUGAGCAGAAAGCUACAAGCGAACAAGGCACUGAUGCCCCGGUCCAUAUCCGUGUCAUUCAAUGUCAGGGGUUGGCUGGCAAGUGGAAUCAAAGUCGACACGUUGACCGUGGACGUGAAGAAGAGCAAAGGGCUAGGGGACGGCGUGAAACCCUACAAGGGUGUCAAGUAUCUUACUGUUAGUCGGCAGGGGGUAGAGAGGAGAGCUGAAUGA